AUGGACCCAACUCACAUGCACGGUGAAGAUUUCCUCCCAGGUACCACACGACUGGUAGAAGAUAUCGAGCAAUCCAACAAUUCCAACCUUCUCAAACAUGGGAAUAUUGUUUUGGAACCACAGCCUACCUCCUCGCCGCUCGAUCCACUCAAUUGGUCUCGCACAAGAAAAUAUUGGCAUGUUUUUCUGGUUUGUUUCAUUACAGGUCUAACGGCUGCUACUGCGAACGAUGCGGGCUCGGCGCAAGAUGGUAUGAAUGAGGAAUAUGGAAUCACUUACGACGCAAUGAAUACUGGGGCUGGAGUUUUGUUUGUGGGAAUUGGUUAUUGGACUUUGUUGAUCUCGCCUGCUGCGUGGUUAUACGGAAGAAGGGUUACUUAUAUCAUUUGUUUGACAUUGGGAGUUGUUGGCGCUAUAUGGAUGGCUCGCGUGCAAUCCACGAGCGACUCGAUCUGGAAUCAACUUUUUGUGGGAGCAUCUGAAGCUUGUGCCGAGGCCAAUGUGCAGCUUUCCCUCUCGGAUUUGUUCUUCCAACAUCAAAGAGGAACGGUUCUCGGUAUAUACGUUUUGUCGACUAGUAUUGGAACCUAUCUGGGUCCUAUUAUUGCUGGAUAUAUUGCUGGGGGACCUCUAGGCUGGCGAUGGAUUGGUUGGUGGUCCGUCAUUAUCUCCUCAUGCACCAUACUCGUGUGUUACUUCACCCUCGAAGAGACAAUGUUUGACCGCCCCGAAUCUGCAUACGAAGUUCCAAUCGAUGGUGUUGGGUCCCAAACCAAGGUCGAGGGAUCUCUAGUUCGUAACAGCAACGAGAAAGAUACAGUUUUAGCCACAACUCCCUCCGACACACCUCCUAUCCCACCUUCGACCGGUCCCGUCAAGAAGUCCUUCCGCGAACGCAUUCAACUAAUUACACCCGCGUCUAACCUCAGGGGAACUGGAUUCAAACAAUACUUUUCUCGUCUCUUCCACACUCUCCGUAUCUUCACUUUCCCAGCUGUCUGGUAUAGUGGUCUGCAAUGGGGAGCUCAAGACGCCUGGCUUACUUUCUAUCUUACUCUUGAAGAAGACAACUGGACAGAGGCUCCUUGGAACUACAACACUGUUAGCUCUGGUCUUAUGAAUGUUCCUUGUUUGAUCGGUGCCAUCAUUGGUUGCUUCUGGGGUGGUUAUCUUUCGGAUGUUUUCGUACUUUGGUACUCUAAGAAAUAUCGUCAUGGUAUUCUGGAAGCGGAAGAUCGUCUGUGGAUGAUGUAUCCAUGUGCUAUAUUCUCACCAUUGGGAAUGUUUAUCUUCGGUCUCGGUACAGCAUUCGAAUGGUCUUGGCCAGCUCCAUACGUCGGGCUUGGAUUCAUUGGUUUUGGAUGGGGUUGUGCGGGAGAUUUAUCUAUGUCUUACCUCAUGGAUGCAUAUCCUGAAAUGGUACUCGAGGGUAUGGUGGGAGUUAGUGUCAUAAACAACACCAUUGGAUGUAUCUUUACAUUUGCAGCGAGUUAUUGGUUGGAUACUGGAGUUAAACAGACAUUCAUCGCGAUUGGUGUCUUGGAUUUCGUAUUCGUUAUGUGUACAUGGCCAAUGAUGGUAUUUGGAAAGAGCUGUAGACGAUGGACUAAAACUAGAUAUUUGGAGUUUGUCAGGAUUAGAGAUUCCUUAUGA